AUGGUCAUGUCGUGCUUCAAUGUUUCUCUCUGCGAAGUCCUCCACGCCCUCGAGGUUUUGGUGUCUGUAGCGGCCGAAGCAGGCUUGGUCCUGGAACCGACGAAGCGCUCGUCUCGGCCCGACCUUACGGGCUUGCCACCUGGCUUCCUUCGGCGAGAUGGUGCCUUCGAACUUUUGGGUGCUGCCAUCGGUGAUGUCCCUUACUGCUGCGCACACACCUUAAACACGCGAGUGCACAAGGCGGCAGGCUGCCUUGAGGCCCUCACUUGCCUGGCGGACCCACAGACAUCCCUGCUGCUCCUGCGACACUGCGCGGCCUAUGCCACCAUCUCUUAUGCCAUGCGGGUCACGCCGCCGGGACUGCACCUGGAAGCUUUGGUGGCCUUUGACUCAGCGGUCCGUGCCUGCUUUGAACAGAUUGCAGGCAUGGCCCUCACCCCACACGCCUGGCGGCAGGCCGCGCUAUCCGCCGUGGCGGGCUUGGUCUUCGACUGGCCGAGCUCCAUGCGCCGGCUGCGUGCUUGGGUUCCGCCACCUGCUGCUUCUGCAGCCAGCGCUGGUCUUUCCCGCGAAGUGGAGAAGUCAGACUUGCUGCCCGCCCGACCGGAUGAGCAUGGGGCGUGUGAAGCCGGUGGCCCUGAUAACAUCUUUUUUUUCGUGACGAGAUCAUGUGAGGAAGAGUGCGCCGGCACCGGAGCGGGGGUGUGCUGCCCCGCGGCUCCUGGGCCGGGUCUCGGCUCAUCCUUCCAGACGGUGAGGGGGGUCGGGGUCAUUCUCCCGACCUUCAAGCGAGAAGAGUUGGAAAGAAACAUCAGCGGGGUAAAGGUGCCUACGACCAGAACGGAUCAACAAGCGACGAACUACAUUCUGAAUCAGACCGCCGGCAAGCUGCCACUGAAGGACUUGGUCGCCUUCAUCCGUGAACAGCGGCAGGCGGCAGAUCAACGACGGCGCCUGGUGGCCGACAACUUCAACAACCAGCCAGAGGAAGAGGAGGUGGAAGAGGACAAGCAAGCUACUGAGCUGCGGUUCGAGCUCCAAUACAGGGAGGUCGACAAGCGAGACAAAGACAAAGAACUAAAGAGCACGCGAGCGACUGGAGAAGAGCCUCCAGCUUCAACGGAUGUUUCCGAAAUAUGCGCUGCACGCAAAGCAAGGCAUGAGAAGCUUCUCCAGUACCGAAUUGGGCAAGACAUCAAGCGUGUUGAGUCGGUCUUGACUAACACCAAGAUUGCAGUUCCGAGCAGCUUUAAGCCGGCGCUGAAGCCUGAAUGGGACGAAUGUGCAAACGACACGUUUUCGGUCAGGCUGCAGGUUAUCGAGCGUUUCGUGCGAGCAGGAUCCAAGGUCCUGAUGCGCAUCCGCGCGGAAAAGAGGAUGAGACUUCUCCAGGAGGCUAUGAAUGAUGCCGGGGUAUUCGACAAGCCAAGCUGCAAGGCUUGGAUUGAUGCCGAAAACAAGGCAGCUGCUUCUGGAACACUUGUGAAAGCAGAGAGGGCGCCCGACAAGGCCAAAGGAGCGAAUGACAAAUCGGAAGGGACUUUACCCAACGUGCACAUUCCGCAGGAUUUUGUCCUCCCCGUUCAAAUUCCAACCCGGAUGUCCGGCUUCUCAGCAGAAGAGCGUCAACCUGUGGAGGUGGCUCAACUGGACAAUUUUGAGGAGUUUCUUCCGGUGCAGGUGAACACUCGCCUUGAUUUUAAAGUCUUGGACUACCCCCAGCAUCAAGUUCCUCCUGCCUCUGCGUACAUGCAGCCAAACACCGACAGGGAACGACUGUCGGCUGCAUUGGAGGAGAGCCUGGUGUUGGGGCAACGUGGAGAUGAGUUCGAUGGAGCUGAGAUGCCCGUAGGCAUGCCCGACUCCUGUCUUCUCCCUCCUGUGCAUGAUGCCCUUUCUUUGCUGAUCCCUUCCACUGAGUGUAGGACCUUCGUGGCGUACCCUGAUUCUGCAGAGUGUGAUCCGGAGCACGGCCUUGCGGAGAAGCCCGACCUCCUCAAGCCCCUCGACAUGAUUCCCAUACUUCCGUCCAGCAUCAUGUCAUUGGAAUCGCUCUGGCUGGAAAGCUACCGAGCGCCACGAGAAGCUCAAGACCCAUUCCAGUAUGGUGACCCCUUCUGCCCCAGCUUUGCUGAGGCUGGCGGCGUUUUGGGACCUUCACUGGGUGCUGACUUGGGUGGCCAGCGCUUGUCCUAUAAGCCAGUCGGCGGCGCGGACAAUGAUCUACCUAGCGACACCGAUGACGAUGAGCAACCAGAGCUCCAAGUGCCGCCACCAGGAAAAGACCUGCAGAGCAAGGCAGUCUCCAGCUUGGUCGGGGGCCAAGCCGGACCAGUCCACAAAUGUAUGUUGAGUCGGAAGUACGUAUUCCAUCAUAUUCCAUCAUAUUCCCACGCAUGGUAUUAA